CGGGCCUACAGUGGCGGGUGCCCAAGAUGGUAGCUCCCGCGGCUGCGUAGAGGCGGCAGCGGUUCAGUCUCGGGCUGUAGGACGAGGCGGGCGUCUGGAAGCGGUCCUCGCCCAGGUGACAGGAGGUCGGGGAGGUGCCGCCGAGCCUCGUGGGGUGCCAGGCCCGCUCGCUGCAGUCCCCGGGCCCCGCCGCCUCCCUGUCCCUGCCCCCGGGUGGAACCGAAGAAGGUCAGGUCCGCCGCCCCGCCUGUACUCGCCUCAGGGCGGACGCUGUGUGUGGGUGGCUCACUGUUUAUCAUUGACUUCACCCAAGUGCAUUCUCCAUGGCGGCCUCGCAGGUCCCGGGGGAGAAGGUUAACAUCCAGGCAGGAGAGACGGCCAAGGUCGGGGACAGGGACCUGUUGCGGAACGGCUGUCCGGAGCAGGACAGACCGCCGCAGCGCUCGUGGAGGCAGAAGUGCGCCUCCUAUGUUCUGGCCCUGCGGCCCUGGAGCUUCAGUGCCUCACUCACCCCGGUAGCCCUGGGCAGUGCCCUGGCCUACAGAUCCCAGGGCGUCCUGGAUCCCAGGCUACUGGUGGGUUGUGCCGUAGCUGUCCUCGCUGUGCACGGGGCUGGAAAUUUGGUCAACACUUACUACGACUUUUCCAAGGGCAUUGACCACAAAAAGAGUGAUGACAGGACCCUGGUGGACCGAAUCUUGGAGCCCCAGGAUGUCGUCCGGUUUGGAGUCUUCCUCUACACCUUGGGCUGUGUCUGUGCUGCUUGCCUCUACUACCUGUCCCCUCUGAAACUGGAGCACUUAGCUCUCAUCUACUUCGGAGGCCUGUCUGGCUCCUUUCUCUACACAGGAGGAAUUGGAUUCAAGUACCUGGCUCUGGGAGACCUCAUCAUCCUCAUCACUUUUGGCCCGCUGGCUGUGAUGUUCGCCUACGCCGUCCAGGUGGGGUCCCUGGCGGUCUUCCCGCUGGUCUACGCCAUCCCCCUCGCCCUUAGCACCGAGGCCAUCCUCCAUUCCAACAAUACCAGGGACAUGGAGUCUGACCGGGAGGCUGGCAUCGUCACGCUCGCCAUCCUCAUUGGCCCCACUCUCUCCUACAUGCUCUACAACACGCUGCUCUUCCUGCCCUACCUGAUCUUCAGCAUCCUGGCUGUGCACUGCAGCAUCAGCCUGGCACUGCCCCUGCUCACCAUUCCCAUGGCCUUCUCCCUUGAGAGACAGUUCCGAAGCCAGACUUUCAACAAACUGCCCCAGAGGACUGCCAAACUCAACCUUCUGCUGGGCCUCUUCUAUGUUUCCAGCAUCAUUCUGGCACCGGCAGGCAGUCUGCCCAAACUCUAAGGGGACCAGUAGCCGCACGCCACAACGUGUCCCCCUUUCUUAGAAUGUGUUGAAGGCAGAGUGUCUGAGGAGGGAAGGUGAUUUGGCAGUGAGGGGCUUAAGGAUGGCUUGUGAACGCCCACCUUUUUUUAUUAUUACAUUCUUAAAGA